CUUUAACCUCUCUUCGACUUGCUCGUGGCAAGUCAGUAUUUCAAAUUCAACAAAGAAUGGCUGUUAGCGCUUAAUAAAAAUUCACUCGUACUAUCUUCACGGUCGAAAUAUGAGUAGUUCAGGAGUAGAAAUGUCGCUGGACGACUCCGAAUACUCCAUGAAGCCUGCUGAAGAGCUGCCUCUUACUGACGAUUGCCACCACUAUCAAGGAAAGCAUGAGGUACCAUGGGAUAUUCAAAAAUAUUUUGCGCAGCGCUAUUCGAUCUUCUCCUUAUAUGACUAUGGAGUUUACAUGACAGACGAUGCCUGGUUCGGUGUAACGCCCGAGCCAGUAGCAAACCAAGUUGCUCAUGACAUGUACGGCACCGACCAAAAGAAGCAUAUCCUGAUCGAUGUCUUUGGUGGUGCAGGCGGCAACAGUAUUGCCUUUGCUCUUUCUGAACGAUGGAGUCGCGUUAUCUCUAUCGAACGCGAUCCUUCUACAUUGGCCUGUGCCCAGAAUAACGCCAAGGUCUACGGUAUCGCGCCGGGGCUAAUUACGUGGGUUCUCGGUGAUAGCUUCGAGUACCUCGACAAGUUAUUCAAUCACACAGAAGAACUGCACCCAGAUCUAAGAGUAAACCUUGACGAAACAGUACUGUUUGCAAGUCCACCUUGGGGAGGCCCUGGAUACCGCACUGAUGAAGUGUUUAAUCUUUACAACAUGCAGCCGUAUAAUCUUGACGAUUUGCACACCGCAUACAACAGGCUGGAUCACGCGCUGUUUCUACCACGGACGAGCGAUAUUCGACAAAUCGCUAGACUAGCACCUCCUGAUAGGAAAGUUGAGGUUGUUCAAUACUGUAUGGAGGGCGCCAGCAAGGCCCUGGUGGCUUACCUUCCAGGGAAAUACUCAAAAGCUCGCCAGUGAAGGACACCCUCCAAAAGAGAUGGCUGUCGCAUCACGCUUGUAUCAACACUGGAAUUAUGUAUACCAAUGGAACAAGUCUGUAUUUGAGGAAGGGUGUUGCUGAAAGUUUAAAGCAUUGCUGAGAUCAUAUUGCUGUUGGGAGCAACUGUACUGAUCCGGCUAAUACCAUAUAUUGUCUAUUCGGAGAAAUAGCAGACAUAUUAAUUUAACGUGUAGCUCAGAUAUUAAUAGAACCUUGAUGUGUCGUC